AGAAGGGAGGGAUUUGUUAGUCACAUGCCCUCUAUUUCUUUACCAUGAGGGGUGUCAAGGAUCUUCAGUUUGUCUGGAUGUGGCGGAGAAGCUGCUUUACUCGAACCCUGAGCUUAUUGGGCACAGAUAGAGAAAGUGAACUUGGGGAACUAUAAAUGCCAUGAUAGCUCAGGUGAAACCACUCAGUCAGUUCGAUGUUGCUGUAGGCAGUGUUCAGGACUGAGGGUUUAGUUGAGUGUAGACUUGAUGUUUUUCUUGCUGGUGUGAGGGCACUGUGGUAGCCAGCUUACAGAGGAACCUGACGACAACUGGAAAUGAGAGACAUGAUGUGGAUUUAUGGCGUGUUUAUGGUCUUGUUGUCUGAAGCAUGGAGCCAGGAUCCAGGAACUAAUCAAAGCACCACUGUGAACUCCAACACUUCUCCUCGGCCUCUGCGAGAUUAUGUUGUCAGACAUUCAGCUUUCAACUUGGGGAGUGAUGCUGACCUGAUCUGCAGCGAUAAAACGUGGAAUGAGACGAUAUUUGUUAUCUGGAAUAUAAAAUUGAAGAGCAAAGAUUGUAAGAUAUCGUUUAGCAACGAUGGUCAGAGUGUAGACUUCUGCAACGAUGACAAGUCGCUCCUGAACAAUUCCAGGGCUCAGUCGUACCUGCACAUCCCGAACUUCUCACAUGGUGACGUGGGGAUAUACAAGUGUGAGUCGGUUUACAAAGGAGGAAUCGAAAAUUAUGAGAUCAACGUGGAUAUCACAGUUCCUCCCAGCACAUCUUCCUGGUUAGAGCGUCGUGGCGACAAGAUGGAGGCAGUGUGCAAAGCUGAAAGAGGAAAACCUGCCGCCAACAUCAGCUGGAGUUAUAUGGGAAACCAACCGUCUGUGAAAAUGUAUUUUCAACCACAUGGAUUUGUUACUGUGGAAAGUCGUCUGGAGCUCCCUGAAGGGAUGGAUACACAAAACCUGAGCUGCGCUGUCAGCCACCCGUCCUGGGAUGAGAAAAAGGUUUUGGAGCCAAAACCUGAAAAAGGUUUUCUUCUGUGGUUGUACAUCCCUGUUGUCAUGGUAAUUGUUGUGUUUUUGGCAGGAUUUGUAUUUCUUGCACAAAAGAAACUAAUGACAUUGAGGCGAUACCAGCACUCUGCCACCUCGCCAUCUAAAUCUGCACCGAGGGAGGAUGUGGAGGAAGUGGAGCCCUACGCCAGCUAUGUUCAACGUGUGAACUCCAUCUAUAACUCAUCUGUAGAUCUGUUCACUUAAAAUGUGCAUGCAUCACACACUUUUUGUGAGAACGUGAAAGCUAUGAAACUGAGAACUGGUGAAGUAGUAAAGAGAGAUGAGAGUGAAAGACUUCCGAUAAGAGAGGGAAGCCUCUCAGUCGAAUCCUGCUCUAAACUUUUGACUGAUGGAACAGGGGAUGUACCUAAUGUCAUGCACUGGCUCCUAUGCACCACACAUGCAACCCACUACUCUCUUUGUGUGUGUGAGUCUGAUGCAGAAGAUUAUUAAUAACUACAAGUGCAAUGAGCUGCUGAAAUGGAAAGAAUGCCUUCUUCAGCCGGGUGCAGCACACCAAGACUACAGAACUAAAGACUUUGAUGUUGGUGUGAAAAACAUGGGCUGCAAUUAUAUAAUGAUGGUGGUUUUUAUUAUUAUUCCUAUACAUAUUUAUAGAUUAACUGUAAGAGGUGCUCACCUCAAAGAGAUAACACAGGUGUAAAUCAGGGACAAAAUUGCUUCAAGAUAAUAAUUCUUUGUGCAAGCGUGUGAUUGUGUGUAUUAAAAAUACAUCUGAACACAUGGAUCUCAUUAUACCUAAAUUAAAAGGAACAGUAAAAACGGUGCACAAGAACAAGAAUGAAUUUGAAUUUUCCACUGCUGAGUAUGAAUCAGUAGUUUGACACCAAGGGUGAAAAGGAUUUUUUCACUGCGCAUCGUUCUCUUAAUAUACAAAUAGAUGAAGUGUCGAGAUGACUUUUACAUGUAGAUGUGCAGCGGAAAGGUACCGAUCAUCAGCACUGCACCAUCAGAAUAAAUGGUGAGUGUUGGAAUUUGGUUCAGUACUCUCAUAGUGAGUGUAAACCCAUUGCUAAAGAAACCCGCUACAGGGAGAAGAAAUGGAAACUGGACGGAGGGACUGCUCUGCCAUCUACUGGUGGAGAUCAGAACAUGCGCCUCCAUCGUGAUCAUUCACUGUAUGACCAGUCCCUGCUAAGAUGUCUCAGUAAUGCUAGUUAUAUGCACUUACAUGUAUAGCUGCUGAAAGGUUUUUUCAAGUGUCUUAAAACAUCAUUGAGGUGCUCACAUGCUGUUAUAACUCCUCCUGUUUAAACUAAAUUACCUUCCUAUUACAGUGUAAGUGAUUGGGGACAAAAACAGCCCAUUAAAACCAGAGUCUAGACUUUCUGUUACAGUUCUGCUAUUAAAUCAUAGACUGCAGCGACUAUGACUGUCUAACCCUCACACUGAUUACUUAGUUAAACAGAGAAGGGGAAACCACACAAAUACAGGCUAUUUCUGUCCACAGAAUGUGACACAUUUGGA